AUGCAAAUUCACAAAGUAAUUUGUUACAGUUAUACACAUAUUCAACCGACUCUAUUCUCCAGUUCAUUUCGCAAUUUGUCGACCUCAUCACAAUUAUUCAGACACCAGCAGAAAAGAUAUCGUGAGGCUAAAGUAACUGUAAAUGAAAAGUCUUUGAGUAGACGAGAUGCUGCUCGUGAACUACUGAUGAAAACAAACAGGACGAAAUGGGAGCAGGAAACGGCUCGAUUAAAUGCUUUGAAAGGCCGAAUUCCAACUUCCGAUACUUACUUAAUAUCUGAAUUUGAGCCGAAAAAAUACAGUUUGUCAGAAGCUGUUGAGCUACUGCGUGAAAGCGCUCACCCGGAUAUGUAUGAUUGUAUGGAUAAUCCAGUUCGAGUUAAGGUUACUCUCAAUAUGUGUACAAAGAAAAAGACAAAGUUCAUACCGAAAUUUGAAAGUAACCUUGUUCUACCAAAUAUAUUGGAUUUUAUGCCUACUUGUCGAGUACUGGCCAUAUGUCAAAAUUCAGAUGAUCAUGAAGCAUAUUUAACUGCUGGCGCUUAUGAUGCUGGUGGAUCAGCGCUUAUCCAACGUAUAAGUCAAGGUCACUACCAUUGGGGUGAAUACGAUACUGUUGUCGCUCAUCAAAGUUGGGAAAGUCAGGUGACAAAAUUACGAAAUAUUUUAAAAGAUAGAUUACCGACAAUAAAAAAUGGUAGAUUAGGUGAAGAUGUGAUGAAACUGAUGUCAAUCUAUUUGAAUACUACUCAACUGGAAUCAACCUCUAUUGAUGGUGUUCCUGAAAUCGGAAUAUUGGAUAUAAUUUUGGGUCAGCUCUCAUGGGAUUUAAAUCGAUUAGAAGAGAAUUUACGUACUUAUUUGGAAUGUAUUGAAUCACAAAAGUCACAUAGAAUUAUAAAUGAGUUUAUCCAAUCAGGUGAAAUUUAUUGUCCACCAACUGUUGAACGUUUUAUUUUAGAUCUUUCUCAAUAUUAUUCUCUUACUAACCAAUUUAAAGGACAUCAACUUGUAAAUGAAGAUGUUGAUGAAGAUGAUAAUCAUGGUGAUAAUACAAUUGAUAUAAUGAGUACACAAAUUGAUAAACAACAAAAUACAAAAGAACUUCAUAUAUGA